AUUUUCGUGCAAUUUCCAGAUCUCAGUUAUCUAGACCAUCAGUAAACGAAAGCCAUGGCUCUAAUCACAAGAGGACUCAACAGGCUAUUUUUCUGGACCAAAAGACCAAAUAGCGCAACUACAGAUGCUUUAUUGGCUGCAAGAGAUCAUGAAGGUCUUUUGCAUGGUGAGAAGUACUGCAAGGAGAACAGCAUGGAGAACAAUGUGACACAGAUCUCCAGAGAAGAUCUGGAGAAUCUGAGAGAGGCUUUCAACAAAAUCGAUAUUGAUAACAGUGGCUAUGUAAGUGAUUUUGAACUUCAAGAGCUCUUUCGAGAGGCCAGCUUUCACAUUCCGGGAUACAAGGUACGGGAGAUUGUGGAGAAGUUCAUGGCAGGUGACACCAACAAAGACGAGAAGAUCAGUUUUGAAGAGUUUGUUGCGAUAUACCAAGAGCUGAGAAGCAAAGAGGUGCGAGAAACUUUCCGCAAGAGCAUUUCCAGGCGGGAUGGGAUUCGUUCCUUUGGAGGAACAUCAAGGAUCUCAAGUGAAGGAACUCAGCAUUCUUACUCAGAUGAAGAAAAAGUGGCCUUUGUGAACUGGAUCAAUAAGGCCUUGGCAAAUGAUCCGGACUGCAAGCAUCUGAUCCCAAUGGACCCGGAGACUGACAGUUUAUUCAAAUCUGUGAAAGAUGGAAUAUUGCUGUGCAAAAUGAUCAACCUCUCGCAGCCAGACACCAUUGAUGAGCGGGUCAUCAACACAAAGAAAUGCACUCCAUUUACAAUGACUGAGAAUUUGGUGUUGGCUCUUAACUCUGCGUCGGCUAUUGGCUGCACGGUUGUCAACAUCGAUGCUCAGGACAUGAAAGCAGGAACCCCUCACCUCGUGCUUGGCCUCCUUUGGCAAAUCAUAAAAAUUGGUCUCUUCGCUGACAUUGAGAUCUCUCGAAACGAAGCUCUAAUUGCUUUGCUGGAUGAGUCAGAGGAGCUGGACCACCUGAUGUCAAUGUCCCCCGAGGACCUUUUGCUGCGAUGGGUCAACUAUCACCUCAAAGCUGCUGGCUGGCAACAGAUCAGAAACUUCACUGAUGAUAUUAAGGACUCCAGGGCAUAUUUCCACCUGCUUAAUCAGAUCUCGCCUAAAGGAGACGGGGAUGACGAGAUGAGGAUUGACAUUGACAUCUCUGGUUUCAAUGAGCGUGAUGAUGAAAAGCGGGCAGAGCUGAUGCUGAGACAGGCAGAUCGUCUGGAUUGCAGACAGUUUGUCACUCCCAGUGAUGUGGUGGCUGGAAACCAGAAGCUCAACAUUGCCUUUGUAGCCAAUCUUUUCAACAUGUACCCAGCCUUGAACAGACCCGCCAGAAAUGGCAUUGAUUAUGCAAUUGAGGGGGAAACCAGAGAGGACAGGACGUUCAGAAACUGGAUGAAUUCUCUGGGAGUUACUCCACAUGUAAAUCACUUGUACAGUGAUAUGCAGGAUGGUCUCAUCAUUCUUCAGCUGUAUGAGAGAAUCCAGGUUGCUGUUGACUGGACUAGAGUCAAUAAACCUCCCUAUACAAUACUGGGAUCCAACAUGAAGAAGCUUGAGAAUUGUAAUUAUUCAGUCGCACUGGGUAAAAAGGAAGCAAAGUUUUCCUUAGUAGGAAUCGGUGGUGAGAAUAUCAAUGAGGGAAGUCCUAUGCACACGCUUGCACUGGUCUGGCAACUAAUGAGAAGGUACACACUGAAGGUUCUGUCUGACAUCGGUGAUGGGGAGAAAGUCAGUGACCAAGUCAUCAUCAACUGGGUGAACAACACCUUGAAACAAGGCCAGAAAGACUCAUACAUUAACAGCUUCAAGGAUAAAUCAAUCAGCACUAGCCUGCCAGUGAUUGAUCUGAUCGACACCAUCAUGCCCAAAGCCAUCAAAUACGAGCUGGUGAAGAGUGGAGACAUGACACCAGAGGACAAGCUAAACAAUGCAAAAUAUGCAAUCUCGGUGGCGCGAAAAAUCGGAGUCAGGGUGUACGCCCUGCCUGAUGACCUUGUGGAGGUCAAACCCAAGAUGGUGAUGACGGUGUUUGCAUGCCUUAUGGGAAGAAGCUUGAAGAAAGCAGACGGCUGACCUUUUUUGAAGGACACUGUCAGAAAGCACAACCCUCAAUUUGCACUUUUUCUUCCCCUGACUUCCCUUCUGCCUCACUCAACAAUACUUCAAUUCAUUUGUUUUUUGUUUUUGUCUUUUAAAUGAAUAUCUCUUUCUGAAUAUUUCAUCUCUGAUUAAUUGACUUCAUAUUAGUUACAUUUCACUAAUAGUUUAAUUUCCCAGCUUAUGUGCUACUGUACAAGUAGAUUAUUCAAAGGCAAUGUUAUUUUCUUAAAGGCAUAGUUCACUUAAAAAUGGCAAUUUGUUGAAAAUGUACCCUCAGGCCAUCCAAGAUGUAGAUGAGCUUGUUUCUUCAUCUGAACAGAUUUGGAGAAAUUUAGCAUUACUUCACUUGCUCACCAAUGGAUCCUCUGCAGUGAACGGGUGCCAUCAGAAUAAAAAAUGGUCUGUUAUUAAGAUGUGAUUAAGAUGCUUUAACUUUAAACCAUCACUGCAGGCAAAAAUACAAAUCCAAAAUUAAUACUAAUCCUGUGAAUAAGUGAAAAAGGUUCAUCCCCUGUUGUCCU